CACCGCCUCCAUUACUCCCUUUCUUCCUCUGUUUUCACUUUCUUUCUUUUUCAUCACCCUGAUCAUCAUCAUUCAGAAAUAAAAAAUUAUACCCAACCAACUCCACUUCUCCAUUUUUUCCUUCUUUGGAAGCCUACCUUUUCGUUUCUUUUUUUUUCGUUUCUUCUUUCUUCCUUUACCCACCGGACCAAAACAAAAAAAUGCAGAUGAUUCCUUUGUCUCAUGUCUUUCUCCUCACUUCCCAAUUAAUGGCCGAUCCCUGCCAAACUCUCUCUUCGUCGUCAAAAAACAAGAAAGGGGGAACAAGGAUGAAGGGGGAGGAUGUUUGAUUCAUCUCAACCAUCUGCACAUUUUUGCCCAAAUAUAAUCAUGGAUAACAAAGAUGCAAAUGCCUCACUAUUGCAGCCCCUAUUUUCUUGGGAUGAAAAUAAGAAGCAAAUGAAGUUGAAAGGAGGCAUCGAAGGUGAAAUUUUCCUUUUUUUUCAAUGUUGUGCCCAAUUUCCAUUUUUGCCCUUUCUCAGCUAUUCAUGAAAUUCAUUUGUUUUUCUACUAGCAACUACACUAAGAUGAAAGGGGGCAAUAAUUGCCAAGAAAAUCUGUUUUUUGAUUGUACAAGUGCUAGCCUCAUGGUAAUGGAAGGUGAAACUAUCCGAAUUAAUGUGAAGAACAAACCUCCUAGUGGAACAGGCAUGCUUUCACCUGCAGGAUUGUUAAGUGGACAUCCUGGAACUGUAAAGGCCAAAACUCUAAGUAUAGCACCACCUCCUAGUGGAGGAGUGAGGAUUCAGUCUCCUCUCCGACCCCCUCUCAAUGAUUCUGCAGCUGCUAAGAUGACUUUGGGAAGGCAUAAUACUACUCUUAAGGGGCCUAAGGAAGUUGCCAGACAUUCUGCUGAUCCACAGGCAGAUCUGUCACAACUGGAGAAGAAUCUUCCUACAACCACUGGAACAGGUUCUAAUAAGUCCACUGCAGCUGGAUGGGUUGGUGGUUCGGAUCUUUGUCUCGUGUUGUAUUUAACAAGAUGAGAAAAAUUGAAAAGAAAAUGCAUAACUGAAGGAAUUUCAAUAUGUACUCCAUCUUUGGAGGAAUAAUUAUUCUCGAAAUGUGUUGAUAUCGUUCUUUUGACAUACUUGGACUGCUGAUCUCAAAUUUAUAUACGUAUAACACAAGAUAAUUCUCUUUC